ACAGCAUUUUCUUUCUUCCUGUUGAGUCCCCAAUCACACAGAUUCUCUCUCUUCACUUUUUCUCUGUGUGUGUCCGUUGGAACUAAACACUUCUCUUUCUCUCUCUCUCUCUCUCUCUCAAACACACACUCACUCUUUCAUUUCUUCUUCAUUCUCUUCACUCCCAUCACCUCUCUUCAUUCUCUCUCAGAGAAACAAUUUCACAAUACACCCCCCCAUUUUCUACUCAUUCUUCUCUCACUCACCGUAACAUGACCACACUAUUUUCCAACACACACCCCCAUUUUCUGUUAUGAAUCCCCCCAAUCAAUCACAACCGCCACAAAUUCAACCACAACCACCACCACCACCGCAACAACCGCCACUAAUUCUCCAACCAAACCGUCCGUCCACCUCCUGCGAAACUCACCCGCAAGAAGUUUUCACCGGUUUCUGCCCCUCAUGCCUCUGCGAACGCCUCGCCGUUCUCGAUCCAAACAACACCUCCACCACCUCCUCCACCCGUAAACCUCCCACUUCCUCAACCGCCGCCGCCGCUCUUAAAGCCAUUUUCCGUCCCUCCACUUCCCAACGCCGUCCUCCAACUUCCACCACCGCAUCCUCAUCACUCUUCCCAGAACUCCGCCGCACUAAAUCCUUCUCCGCCUCCAAAAACGAAGGGUUCUCCGGCUCAUUUGAACCUCAGCGAAAAUCCUGUGACGUUCGUGGUCGUAGCACUCUCUAUACUCUCUUCAAUCAAGCAGACGAACGCAAAAUCCCUAAACCUCAAGCUCAAGAGUUUGAAGCUUCAUCUUCAACUGUUCAGAAAACGUUCAUUGAGUCUGAAGAAGAAAACGAAGAAGAGGAAGAAGAAGGUAGCAUUGUUGUUGAAGAAGAUUCAGACGAAAUUAGGGUUAUAGAGCCACAAAUACAACAACAACAACCGCAACGAGAACUCUCAAAUGUGAUUGAAGAAAGUUUUCACGAAAUUGUUGAAGAGGAACCAGAAAUUAUACCCGAACCAGAGCUAGUUUUCACAGAAGAAUCAUUGAAGCCGAUGAAGGAGCACAUGGAUCUAGAUUCGCAACCGAAGAAAAAUUCCGGUCGAGAUUUGAAAGAAAUCGCCGGAAGUUUCUGGUCCGCCGCGUCGGUUUUCAGCAAGAAGCUUCAGAAAUGGAGGCAGAAGCAGAAAGCGAAGAAGAGAGGACCACGUAACGGUAGCGUUUCGGGUUCGUCAACGCUCUUGCCGGUGGAGAAACCAAUUGGUCGGCAAUUCCGGGAAACACAGUCGGAGAUCGCGGAUUAUGGCUUUGGCAGGAGGUCUUGUGAUACUGAUCCGAGGUUUUCGCUCGAUAUUGCUCGAAUGUCGUUCGAUAAUGAUCCGAGGUAUUCGUUUGACGAGCCACGAGCUUCGUGGGAUGGUUACUUGAUUGGAAAAACGUUUCCAAGAGUGCCUUUGCCUACUAUGCUUUCUGUGGUUGAAGAUGCCCCUGCUGUUCAUGUUCAAAGAACAGAUUCACUUAUACCCGUUGAGGAGCCACCGGUUUUGAAUGAGAAUGGUGAAGAGAUUAAUGUGAAUUUUCCGGGAAAUCAAACGCAGACGAAAGAGUAUUAUUCGGAUUCUUCUACAAGGAGAAGGAAAAGCCUUGACAGGUCUAGUUCUAUCAGGAAAACUGCUGCUGCUGUUGUUGCUGAGAUGGAUGAGCUCAAACCGGUUUCUAAUGCUAAGGUUACUCCUGCUACUGCUAGUGUUCAUGCUAGUGCUAGUGUUAAUCCUGUUGUUAAUGCUAAUGCUGGUAUUGAUUAUUUGUUACAUGGUCAGAAAGUUGUGGAUAGGGAUUUGAGGGAUUAUUCAAAUAAUUCGAAUUCUAAUUCGAAUAAUUCGUUGAGGGAUGAUUGUUCCGAGAGUUUUGAAUUGGGGGGUUUUAGAGAUAAUGGUUCUGUUGUCGGGAGUAAUAAUGGUGGUGGUGAUCGGAAAGGAGGGUCGAAGAAGAGUUCAAGUAAAUGGAAAGCUGCUUGGAGUAUUUGGGGUUUUAUACAUCGUCGGAGUGGAGGGAAUAAUAAUAAAGAGGAGGAGGAUGAUAGGUAUAGUAGUAGAGGAGGAAAUGGUAAUGGGGUGGAGCGUUCUUAUUCGGAGUCAUGGCAGGAGUUUAGAGGCGAAAGGAAUGGGGAUGUUAGAGGUGGUGUUGGAAUUGGUAGUAUUGGCGGUGGUGGUAAUGGUUUCGAUAGGAAGAUGUUGAGGAGCAAUAGUAGUGUGAGUUGGAGGAACGCGCCGAGCAUGGGAAUGGGUGGAGGCGGAGGAGGAGGAGGAGGAGGAAUUUUUGGCGGGAGGAAGAGUGAUGUUAAUAGCAGUAAUGGGUAUCUUGGCAGAAAAGGAAGGGAUGAGUUUGUGUUGGAGAGGAACAGGAGUGCCAGAUACUCUCCUACCAACAGCAUGGAUAAUGGUGGUCUCUUGAGGCUCUACUUAACGCCCAGUGGCCGGAGAAACGGUGCCUCGAAAGGAAGGUCCAAUCAGGCUCAUUCUAUUGCUAGAAGUGUACUUAGGUUGUAUUGAAAGGAAAAAAAAAAAACAAAAAAUUGAAGUUCCAUAAAAUGUUCUUUGGUUUCAUGCUGUUGCAUUUGCUGCAUUUCUUGUGUAAAAUUCACACAUGGCUAUGUAUUCUUCAUGGUUGGUUGGUUGGAUUGGAUAAAAACACCCUGCAUUUUUCUUUUACUGUUAUCAGCUAUACUGCUUCUUAGAUUAUAUUAUUAGAUUAGAUCACUCUCAAUAACAAGUA